AUGGUCAGGAUCAAAUUUACUGGACCGCCCAUGGCGGCUCGGUCUCAGCUUGCUCAGCCUCGCGGCCUCUUGCCAUCGAACGGCACGACGCCAGCUUCCUCUCCAGCAAUUGAGUCUCGAGCUGCGAUGGAUGGCCUGGACGAGUUAAGUGCGGAGGAACACCGCGUUCUGCAGCAGCAACAAAGUCUGGAGAUGGUCAAGAUCAUGCUCCACGUAUCCUUCGGAACUCUCUUUUACCUUAGAGAAUUCUUACCACUUCAGUGCUUUGACGAUCGCGAUCUCAGAGAGGCGCAAAAGCAGCAGAAGUUCUCUUAUCGCGAGUUCAUCGAUAACAGUCCAAUCUCAAAAGGCCCCAAUGGUGUUGCUGAUGACUCUUUUGGGAGAGCCAAGAGAGGACAGCCUUUAAAGAUAAUUCUCAGCGGUUCCGAGCCAAAGGCAGAUAUGAUAAUUAACGUUCUGGAAACUGGUAUUUUUGACGCUCUCAGUAAGAGUGUCCUCGAGGCGGUCCAACUCACAAUCAUCGCCGACAAGGAAGCGCCUGAUAACGUCCUUGAGUCGUAUACCUUCUCUUUCAGGUAUACUGACGGAUUAGGCGACAUACAUAGACGUUUAAAGACGUUGUCAAUAGAGCCGUGUGGCUAUGUUGCCGACAUGAAGUCCGCUCAGACAGCCAGAGUAGGACUGGAAACCAUUGUUCGACGCUUGAUAACCCUGAGCGCUUUCCUUCCAACUCUCCCAAACAAACGUACACUCGGCGUCCACCUCUUCUACACCGAGGAUUGCCCCCCUGAUUACGAGCCCCCUGGUUUCAACGGUGCAAGAGACGGAACCAUCAACUAUCCGCUAACUGAGAAUUGGAGACGAGAAUCCCAGGCAUGCGGUAAAAUGGAAAGCGGAUGGCAUACUGUCGGGCUUAAAGUCACCUCGCUCAAAUGGACUGGGCCAGAGCCAGAGGAUUCCGAGCCUAUACCACAGAUACCCGCGGACAUCGAAUACAAAGACACCGUGCCCCGAGCUGAAGACAUUGGCUUUGAAGAUGAAGAGAGCAAGCUGCAAUCCUCCCAGAUCGAGGGCUCCCUAGAAGCAACGCAGGAUGUUGUUGAACGAGAGAGGCUACGGAUGAUGAUGCCUUCCCAGGAAGAGCCCUCUCCGGACAGUAAUUUGAUUCCUACGCAGCCCGUUAAGCAAACGCCUACCCCGGAAGCCGAGACCGUGGAAGCAGCGAGACCGAGCCCGAAAUUUAUUCUUGGGCAGGAAAAGUUUGCAGAGUUGCGCAAGGCUUCUAAAACUUCAGCCCGAAGGCGUUCAGAGCCGGCUGCUGUUAGUUGCCAAUGUGAUUGGAAGGGAGAGGAAGAAGACAUGAUUGUGUGCAGCUUUUGCAAUACGCGGCAACACCGACUUUGCUAUGGCUAUGUGGAUGCGUAUAAGAAUUCAGUUCCUGACAUCCACGCAUGCUACCGCUGCCUGCUCGAACCCAACGAAAGUCAGAUUUUCAAUAGCUUGGACAACGUUAUUCUAGCUCGGAGAACUCUGAAAAUCAUCUCAGAAGAAGGAAUCCUAAGCUCUGCACAAGCGUUCUGCGAGAGAAUCCACUGCAGUCCACCAGCCUUUGCCCGGGUCAAGGAAUUUCUAAAGAGGAAGGCAAUCAUGCAACCUACACCCGGCUACAAGCCCAAAGAAUGCAUUCGUAAAGGCCUGCCUACAUUUGUUGUCCCCGACAAACCAAAGGUCCGCGAGAUAAUCCAACGGGACAUUAUGAAUCCCAUGGUGAAGAUCGAACACCACUACACGACGCAAUACUUCACCGAUUCUCUCGAGGCGCUUAGCCCGCCAGCCACCAGUGACGCUGACGGCUUGAGCAAACAAAACUCUCAAAACACCGUCAUACCAGCGGUGAAGAACAGCCAAGACGAUGAACGAAGGACAACGAAAGACACUCGCGACGAUGAGUCUAGGGAAUCGGGUACACCGCAACAAGCCCUCAGCUCUCGACGUCGUACAAGAUCGUCCAACGUCGUUAGUGUCAUCCAAGACAGCCAACCCACCGACAAGAGCACACCACAACAGUCCACUCGCAAACGAACCAGGUCUUCGCAAGUUGGCCCCGAACCGAUACGCCCAGUCACGCCGUCACAGUCAACAGCUUCAGACAAUGAAGUAGACACGGACAAGCCUCGACGCAGCAGUCGCAAGAGGCGCAAAAUCAGCAACUACUCCAAACUCAUUGACGUUGGGGCAGAGACGAGUGGGAACGAACAAUAA